UCAAUAAGGGAACUAGUUGUCAAAGUUAAAGAGAAUUUUCUUCUUAAAUUUAAGUGAAAUAUUCACUUAUACAACACCAAACGGUGCAGCCUUACAAGUUAAACUGGGUCGUUACAGAUGGAUGAAAUGGUGAAAAAGGAGUUUGAAAUUUUUCUUUCAUCAAAGUUACCACAACAAACUCUAGAUGUCCUGGAUGAAAUAGUUCUUCAGUACCUCACAAGCGUUCUGGAGAUGUUGGACCAAGAUGAUAGUUUUAAUGUAGAAGAAUUUAUACUCAUGAUGGAUGCCUACAUACCUGGCUUUUGUAACAUACCAAGUGAAUGUGUUUUCUCAUGGAUGAUUGGGCUUUCCGACAAUUUAAGGAUAGCAAGAGAAAAUGUUCAAGAAAAUUUUGAACCUAAAAGUAAAGUCAAUGAUGAAUCAUCACCAUCACAUCAUAAAGAAGUUAAGAAGACAAAGGCAGAAGCAAGUAGUUCCAAUAAUGUUAAUAUAAUUAGAGAUGACAGUGAAAGACAAACCACACCAUAUAUUAACCAGGAACAAGAUGAAAAGAUGAAAGAAGACAAUUCCAGGUUCAAUUCCACAGUCCAGAUUCUGUGUGAGCUGUUCCCCUCAGCAAUGUUUUUAGAAGUGAGGAGGUGUUUGACUGUUGCUAAUGGUGACGCUGAUGAAGCUGCAAGGCUGAUGUUGAUUAGCAGAGAUAGUUCGGAGUCUCCUGAUGAUGAUCAUCAUUUGUUCGCAGAUUCAAAUCCGAAACCGCAUCAAGCAAGUGCAAAACGAUUAAAUCUCUGUGAAAGUGAACAAGAGGAAAUCAAAAGUAAACUUAUAUCCAGAUAUAGCUUCGUAGAAGUCACAGAUGAUCAACGAGUUCAUCGACCAAUUCUUCCAAAAAAGGAAGAAAAAAAGCUGGUUCGAUACCGCGAUAAUCAAGUGGUGAGCACCAAAGGAGAGAGGUUUAUGUUAGAGAAAAAAAGGGAAACAGAGGAGGAAAAGAAAACUUACGUUAAUUUAAAACCUGCUCGAAAGUAUAGGUUUCACUGAUGUGUUAUUCUUUCUUCCCUUCCUUCUUCCUUGCUUCCUUCCUUCCUUGCUUCCUCCCUUCCUUCUUCCUUCCUUGCUUCC